UUGUCUUUGUGGUGUACUGGGACACGCCUUAACCGGAUAUUUCAGCUUUUGUAUUUCCAUCAAGGUUCGAAUCCUUUUGGGUGUAAACAAUUAUUUCUUUGAUGAAAAACACUUUUUUAACUAAAAAUAAUUAUUUAGGAAAUAUUUUUAGCUUUAAAAAUUUUUUCUAGAAAUUUUUUUAGAAAAAAUAAAUUUUUUAUAUGAAUGUCAAGAAUAAAAAAAAUAUUAUUGAAUGCCCUUGCUGUUUAUUUGAAUUUGAUCAACUUCACUGGCUAAUUUCUCAUUUGAGGGAAAUUAAGAAUGGGUGUUUUGGUGCUGAUUUGGAAUUAAAUGAUUCUGAAUUAUUUGGAUGUAAAUUUUGUCUAAUACCUUUACAAACAGCAAAUGAAUUGGCUAAUCAUUUGGAAAUUUGUCUGGCUGCUAAUAAUUUAAAGAAGGAAGAGCCAAUUUGUUUAAAUGAGGAUCAAAUUAAUUUUAAUUUUGAAAAUAAAAAUAAUUGCAAUAAUUUAAUUAAACAAUGCAAAUAUUGUACAAAAUCGUUUAAAAGAAAUACGGAUUUACAAAGACAUUUACUUACACAUACAGGAGAACGUCCCUUUACUUGUUCAAAAUGUUAUUUCUCCUUUCGAACAAAACAAACAUUGGAAACACAUUCAAAAACCCAUUUAAACUUUACCAAGGAACAAUACCAAUGCUCUUUUUGUCAAAAAUAUUUUCUUUCACGUUCUUCGUUAAAAUUACAUUUGAGAAUUCAUACUGGUGAAGCUCCUUUUAAAUGUCAAAAUGUUGAGUGUUGUUUAAUGUUUAGAACAAAAAAAUUGAUGAAUACCCACUAUAAAAAUGUACAUUGUCAACAAAUAAUGCAAGAAGAUGGUCACCUCAUUCAAGAACCUAUAAAUAAUACAAAAUUUCAACAAAAACUAAUAAAUUCAUUUGACAAUCACUCUUUAGCUUUAAAUGGAUUAUUAGAAUUAAAUACAAAAAUUGGGCAGAAAAAGUGUAAAAAAUCUCUAAAUUUAUCAGAAAAUUCAGCUUUUGUUCAUUUUGGGGAGAAUAGUAAGAGGUUUGAAGUUGGAAGGAGGAGAAGGAGUGAAGAAUUACAACAACAACAACACUGCAAUAGUAUUCCUUUUGAUAUGAGGACUGAACAACAAUUAUUUGAACAACAGGUUUUUUUAUUAAACUUUAACCACAAAGUUGUCAUCUCCUGGGUAGGGCUUAGGGGGGUUACUGCCGUUACCCUUUCAGAUGCAUUACAAUUUAUAACCCUUUACAAGAGGGGAUUUUGA